CGAUUAUGAUUAUGAUCUGCUGAUAACUGUUGCUGAUUGUUGCUAUAUGUUUAUUUUCACUUUCAAAUUAAUUCGUUAAGCUAUUUCAAAGCAAAUAAACUCAUAAUUGAUAAACGGGCGUGAGAUGUCUGUGGAAAAUGCAACAUUGGGGGCGAUCGUAUUUUCCGGUGCAACACUCCUCAUUUGUUUGCUAGCGAUCGCGGCAAUACACAAGGAUGUGACAUCCAUUUGGAGUGAACUAGAUUCGGAAAUCGUUUCUUUCAAGGUUAAAACGGAUGAUUUGUGGAAAGAAAUGAUCGGUCUUGGCGCUGGUACCGCGUCAAAUCGCUUACGUCGUCAGGCUAACUACAACAUUUAUGACAAAGGUAAAAAAAGCGGUGAUAGUUAUGACAAUUCUGGCGGAGGUAGUAGCGGUUACGACAGCUCGUCGGGCGGUAACUCUGGUAGCAGUUAUGGUAGCUCGGCGAGCAGUAGCAGUUACGGCAGUAAUAGUAAUGAUGACGGUAAUGGAUACGAUUCUAGCGGAGCGAAUUAUGGCGACAUACCACCAACAGUAGUCAACGAACGGUAUAACAAUCCAUACAAUGUGAACUCAAAAGAAGUGCUCCCCAGUAAAAUGAACAAUAAUGAAGAGAAGAGCAGCGAAACCGAAAUUCAUCCGAAAAGUUUCGCCCCAAGCAGUGAACCAGUGGCGGAUGUUGGCGAUAACACUCAUAGGAAACCACCUGGUAUCGGAACUUUUGUCUCACCAACACGCUAUGGUAGCUCCGGCAGUCAACCAGGCCAACAGUUUCGUCCAAUUAGCGGUUCUUUCAUACCUCCAGGUUUUCCAAAAAAUGGAUGGUGUGUGUGCAGUUUGGAAAAUACUUGUCUACCGGGUCCGCCGGGGCCGAAAGGUGAAAAAGGUGUUGAUGGCGAAAAUGGAAUCCCUGGUAAAGAUGGUAUGGAUGGUGUUGAUGCAGGAGAUAUUCAGCAAGAAGGUCCAUCUGGAUGUUUCAAUUGUCCGGAAGGUCCACCCGGUCCUCCAGGACCUCCUGGUCGACCGGGCAUUCGUGGCCAACGUGGACCGAAAGGUGCACCAGGUUUUCCGGGGCGUGAUGGAAAUCCAGGGCCACCAGGUGAUAUUGGUCCACCAGGACCACCAGGAGCGGAUGGUAAGUCUGGAGAGCCAGGAGAAAAAGGUGCUGAUGCCGAAAAAGUUGUUGGACGAAAAGGCAAUCGUGGCCCACCUGGUGACCAGGGCCCUGAAGGACCACCUGGAGACAAGGGUAAAGAUGCGCCACCAGGAGAACCAGGUCCCGAAGGGCCUUCAGGACAACCGGGCUUCCAGGGGCCACAGGGAAGUGACGGUGAAGAAGGUCCAGAAGGUCCACCUGGGAACCCUGGCAAAGAUGCUGAGUACUGUCCAUGUCCGGCACGUGAACAUACUGCUGCUCAUCGGGUACGUCUUGGUUCCGGAAGAAAUGAUGAUAGCGAAAGCAAAGCAGAAGAUGUACAGUCUAAGAGUGAUGAAGAAAGUGGACGGUUCGGAAAAACCGAUUUCGAAAAUCCCGAAGAUAGCAGUAAAGGAUAUAAAUCACGACGUACGCUACUUUGAAAUUGAUGUAGUGAUAUCGUAUUCAUUGAGUAUUGUAUGCUAU